AUGACAACAAACUCACGUCCAUCCGCCUUGCAGGCUCCCGGUUUACAGAUUUUUUCCAUGCUGAAAUCAAGCGAAGAGGAUGGAUUCAUGAGUUCUAGUCUAACCCUUGAUAGUGAUAACAUAAUAGGUGUCACCGAGAACAAUCGUCAAGAAUUUUACUCUACGUGGCGAAAACCGUCCCUAUUAAGCAGCCGCAGCGUAUUACAUGAAUACUCCCCUACAAUUGUGGGAUCUAAUGACUGUACUUUUUCACCUAUAACCGUAGGAAAAACAACGAAGUUUUUUAAUUGGGAUGAUAUUAUUUCAAGAAUUUUCAUGCAACAGCCAUUCGGUGUAACACACCAAUUCUUUGAAGAAUUUCGGUAUUCAAUCAUUACUUCUCAUUUUUUGAAUGAUAUGAAUCAUUACAGGUUAUCACUACAUCUUGAUCAAUCUAUUAUGAACUUUCAUAAAAGCUCAACUUUGUUAAAGAAUGUACCUCCCAAAUCUGUACCAUUUAUGGCGACAAAAUAUGGUAAAUUGGCGGUAGCAGAGGACAAAAAAUUAUAUUUCAGACAAAAUUUCAACUACCUUUCGAUGAUUAUAACCUCUUAUCGAGUACUUACACAGUUGAAAAAAUACUGUAGAAAAAAAAAUAGUCCAGGUCUGAAGAGAGUUGUAAUUUUAAUACUCGUAGCAGUGUAUUUAUCAAUUCAGCAAGAAUACUUUCGAAGACAUUUGAUUUGCUAUAAAACCUUAUUAAAGGUACGGAAAGUGCUCGAAUCAUUACAACAAGUGGAUGUAAUGAUUCAUAAAUAUCAUCUUCGAUUUAAAGAAAUAAAAAAUCAUAGUUUUAUAUCAAGAGUGUCUCUUAUUUCAAUUGCUGACGAGCACUCAUCUGUGAUAAAAGAGCUCCUAGUAUUCUCAAGUGAUGCACUGUUUUAUAAACUCAAAUCAAUCAUUCCAGAUAUUGUCAUCUUUAGCGAUACAAGUGAGCUAUCGAAAUACUGUGAAUUAUACGGUAUCGAUGUACCAAAUCUUUACUAUAAUAAUACUACCACAGUAAAAGACCUUGAUGGUAAGCUUUAUCGUCUCAAACUGCUAAAGAAAUUUAUGCUCUGUUGUUUGCUGUCUUUAGAUAUGACAGGAAACGAAAAUCUUUCAAAUGUAAACAUGAGAAACGCACUAAACAAAAUCUUUCCAGAUUACAUGGCAAGGGUGCAACUCAAAAAAAAAUAUAAUCCAAUAGGUACAUUCCAAAAUAUAGUUAGUCUAUUAAGAGGAUUACAUUCACUACUCUCCACUGUCCUGGUGUCUUUGAAUGACCAUAAGCAAAUAUUGUAUGCAUUUCCUGAAGAAACAUCAACUAAUACUGGUUGUGAAAGAGCAAAUGUAUGUUCAUUUUCAAAGAAUGAUAAAUUGUUUCAGGCACUUAAUUACUUAAAAAUGAUCGAGAACAAUCUAUUAGCUAUUGACAUUCGAAAUGGCAUAACAGAGAAUGAUAGGAACAUCAUUGAGGAUAAGUUGGAGGAGCUCAUUACUUUCUGGAAAACCUCGAAAAUUUGUGGCAAUAUUUCUAGGAUACAAAAGGUAUCCCCAACCAAUACAAUCAACCAUGGUUUCCAUCUGGAUAUCCUCAAAGGCAGAAAGUCACCCCGUUCUUCGUCAGUACAAGGUCUUAGCUUAGAGAGGAAAGUUGACUUCAUUGAUGUUGCUGAAUCGGUGAAUGACUCUUUUGAAAACGACACCGAACUAGAGGAAUAUGAAGACUACGACUGUCAGGAGGAAUGUUCUGCCGGUUCACGCCAAAAUCACCGCGUAGAUUUUAUCGGAAAGGAUAGUUGUAGGAAACCAGAUUUCAAGCAACUUUCUGACAACGAAUUACGACGCAAGUUAGAUGAAAGAAUUUUGAAAUUGGCUCAAGAAAACCGUGAAGGCAGGGAAAGGCUAAGAACUGCAAAGUCCUUUGAAUUGCUAAGAAAAGCUCAGGCUUCCAUGUCCGUAAAGUUUGGCUUUCAAAAACCAUUAAGAGACGAUGCCUUUCUUGAGAGCAGGCCUCUCAGCAAAUGCAAAGUAUCUUCGGAAGAAACUAUCCCAUUUUUGUAUGAAUUAAAAGGAUUACUAGGAAAUGAUUCAUGA